AUGGCAGAACCAAACGAGGUAAAUACCGCGAGAAGUUUCACAACAUAUCAAGUGACACCUCCGUCGAAGUUUAGCUUUAAAUCCUCGGAGUGGACCCGAUGGAUUCGUCGCUUUGAGCGAUUCAGAUUUGCGAUAGAACUCGACAAGAAAGAGGAAGCCAAACAAGUCAACGCGCUUAUAUAUACUAUGGGCGACGAGGCAGAUGACAUAAUAACAUCGCUUGGUCUCAGCGAACAAGAAAUGAAAAGCUACGAAACAGUUCGAGACAAGUUUGAAAAUCACUUCAUCGCCAAACGAAACGUUAUUUUCGAAAGAGCAAAGUUCAACGUUCGAAUUCAAGACGAAAACGAACCUGUCGAAAGUUUUAUUACCGACCUGCAUUGUCUUGCUAAAUAUUGCGAAUUUGACGUAUUAAAGGAUCAGCUAAUAAGAGAUCGCAUCGUCGUCGGACUGAGAAAUAGAAAGUUGUCUGAGAAAUUACAAUUAGAUCCAGAUCUUACUUUGGCGAAAACCAUGGCUCAAGCCAGACAAAGCGAGGAAAUCAAGAAACAACAAAACAUUAUUCAUGGACAAAAAUCGACCGGAAGCAGCGAGCAUAAUAUUGACAACAUUUCUAAGAAUAGAAAACAACCCUCGCGGGAUUCGCGCGAAAAAAAUUUUAACGACAGAAAAUACGGCAAAAUGGACGGCAAACCCAAAUGUACGCGGUGUCUCGGACCAGCGCACUCCAGGCAAUUCUGCCCAGCAAGUGAGUCCAUCUGUAAUAACUGUUCAAAGAAAGGACAUUGGGCAAAAGCAUGUCGAAGCCAAGCAAGCCAACAACUUCGCAAGAAACAAGUUAACGAACUAACUUCUCGCCAAGAAACCGAGGAGGAAAGUUCGUCUGAGGAAGAUGUCUACUUUUUGGGCGAAGUCGUACACCUCGACACUAUCAAUAAAUCUGGCAAUAAACCGUGGACUGCAGACAUAAAGGUAAACGAAACAAAUAUUUUAUUCAAAAUCGACAGCGGCGCUGACGUCACAGUGAUACCUUUAACAGUAUAUCAACAACGAAAACUACAGUCAACACUCAAGUCGACUGGCAAAUUACAAAAUGAACUGUAUAGGAACAUUCAAUUCACAGCUGCGACACGAGGACAAGACAACUACAGAAGAAAUAUUCGUCGUUAA